UGUCAUUAUUUGCUUUUUGCAAUAUUUUUUUCGCAAAACAUUUUUUGCGGCAUUAUCAUUGUCGGCGGCGUUGCAUGACAGGAAUGUUGGUCAAAGACCGUACUUUAUGUUCGCAUUAACCGGUACUUAUCUCAUAAAAUAUUCAUCAUCCGAGUGGUUGACACUUCUGUGUCUGUGCAAUGCAGGGGAAAACAAUAACGCCCCCGUCUUGGUCAUGUGGUGGCAGUUAGGAUAUAAAAACAGCAAACACCAUAGACGACCUUUUCAUUAUCCGCAAAAUCGUAAACGAGUGAAAACGUGAGAAAUUUGUGAAUUUAUUUAAAAAAUAUUUAGAAGAAAAAAUUGAAUAAAUAUCCUCCCAUCAUGAGUCAAUCGAAUUGCAUUGAUCGAUUUUCGAAAAAAUCAAAUCUCUCUUUACGAAAUGUUGUCAACAAAUCGGCCGGAAAAACUCUGAUUGUCGAAGAGGUGAAUUAUGUGCGAGGCAGUCCAAAUGGCGAGAAUAACGACUAUGCUUUGCCUAAUUAUGAUCGGAAUGGGGAUAGUGCAGACGAAUCGAAUAAUUUUGCGGAGUCGCCAAGCAAACGUAAAUCUCAAACACCAAUUGAAAAUAUGAAUUUGAAUGAGAGUUUUUUUUCGAUUUAUAAACCGAAUAAAAAUUAUCCUGUGGAACGGCAAUCUCAGAUGGAGGAGGAGGACGUAGUGGAUAAUAACAGUACGGAUGAUACGUUUCAAAAGGCUGUGAGUCCAAUUCUCUUUCUAGGCCAAUGUUUUGCCAUUCUACCCGUGCGUGGUAUCCGACGCUCAAAUCCGAAACAUUUGAGAUUCUCUCUAAAGUCCAUUCAAGUACUCAUAACAUUGUUCUUCAUGUGCUGCAAUUUAAUACUAACCCUGACAACAUUAAAACACUUACUCAAGAUUGGUAUAAAUGCGAAGAAUUUUGUUGGUUUGGCAUUUUUCGGCUGUGUUCAAUGCUCUUGUGUUCUAUUCGCGCUGUUGGCUCCCCACUGGCCGAGAUUGAUGCGUUAUUGGUAUCGCAUCGAAUCGAUUUUUACCCAAAAGCCCUAUGAGAUGCCCAAGAGGAAUCUGGCCUUUCGGAUACGACUGGCGGCCACGGUUAUUAUUUUGAUGUCGGUUGCUGAACAUGGCCUCUAUUUGGCAUCAGCAGUUUUCUCCUUUAAACGAACUCAAGAGACCUGUGCUCCGCUGAUCAACGCCACAGCGGAUAUUUCAUUCAAUAAUUAUAUUCUAAAAAAUUAUGAUUACGUUUUUCAGAUUCUACCACACAACAUGUUUAUUGGGGUUUUUAUUUUGAUUGUCAAUGGCCUGUGCACCUUUAUCUGGAACUACAUGGACAUGUUCAUAAUGAUGAUUAGCAAGGGCAUUGCCUAUCGUUUCGAGCAAAUAACAACACGUAUAAAUAAAUUGGCUAACAAGGAAGUACCCGAAACGGUGUUCAUCGAAAUACGUGAACAUUAUGUGAAAUUGUGUGAACUGCUCGAUUGUGUCGACGAGGAUUUGUCGGGUAUAAUUUUGCUGUCGUGUAUCAACAAUUUGUAUUUCGUUUGUUAUCAAUUGUUGAAUGUGUUCAAUAAACUCCGCUGGCCCAUCAAUUACAUUUACUUUUGGUAUUCUUUGUUGUAUUUGAUUGGCCGCACCGCAUUUGCCUUCCUUUCGGCAGCAUCGAUAAAUGAUGAGUCCAAAGGUGGCCUGGCUGUGCUGCGUCGCGUCUCCAGUCGCACGUGGUGUGUUGAGGUGGAACGUUUAAUUUUUCAAAUGACAACCCAGACGGUGGCAUUGUCGGGUAAAAAGUUCUACUUUUUGACCCGUCGCCUAUUAUUUGGGAUGGCCGGCACCAUAGUGACCUACGAAUUGGUUUUGCUGCAAUUUGAUGCACCAAAUCGUGCCAAGGGUUUGCCGGAUCUUUGCGGUUGAAGAAAUCAAAGCGUGUGUGUAUGUGUUUGUAUUAAAGGAGGGGAGUUUUGUAUUGAAUAUUAUUAUUUACAUGACAUAUAAAUAUUGUUGUUGCUGUUUUUUUUUUUCGCUGAAGCCCUUGCGGGAUAUAUUUUUAAAUUAAUAAUGAG